UAAGGGAACCUUUUUCAGGAAAGGGAGUUUCCAGAGCGAGAAAGAGUGUGUUUUUAAGAGAGAUGGGAAGAGGGAGGGUUGAACUCAAGAGGAUAGAGAACAAAAUCAACAGGCAAGUCACAUUUGCCAAGAGAAGAAAUGGCUUGCUCAAGAAGGCUUAUGAGCUCUCAGUUCUUUGUGAUGCUGAGGUUGCCCUCAUCAUCUUUUCUAACCGUGGCAAGCUCUAUGAGUUCAGCAGCACCUCAAGUAUGAUGAAAACACUGGAGAAGUACCAGAAGUACAGUUACAGUGCACUGGAGACCACCCGACCUAUUAACGACAUUCAGAACUACCAGGAAUAUUUGAGAUUAAAAGCAAGGGUAGAAGUCUUGCAACGUUCACAAAGGAACCUACUUGGGGAAGAUCUUGCCCAAAUGAAUACAACUGAUCUUGAGCAGCUAGAGAAUCAACUAGAGGUAGCACUGAAGAAUAUUAGGUCAACAAAGACUCAAUUCAUGCUUGACCAGCUUGCUGAUCUUCACCACCGGGAAACAUUGCUUGUUGAAACUAAUAAUGUGUUAAGGAGUAAGUUGGAAGAAAGUAAUAACUCACAAAUCCCAGUGAGUCUGGGUUUGGAAGCUGGAGGGUCUAACAUGAAUUACACAAACUUUCCUCCUCAAUCAGAGGGAUUCUUCCAUGCAGUGGGAGUGAAUCCCAGCUUGCAAAUUGGAUUCAACCAGAUUGGUGGUGAUGAUGCAAACGUUGGAGCUUCGUCCUUGAGUAUGCAAGGAUUCGCUGCUGGGUGGAUGCUUUGAUGACAUUGAAUUUACGUAUAACAAGAAAACGCGUCAUGGAUGUGUAGAACGCCCUCAUAGUUAUAUUAUAUAUAUAUGUUCUCAUAUCGUUUUUUUAUGCAUUAUUUUUCAAUGUUUAAAUGAAUAAAAAAGGUUGCGAGUAGUAUUGUCAUAAACAUUUUAUGAACCUGAAAAGCUGUAUAUUGGCAUUAAAGUUUAAACUUUAAGUUUUUAUUAUAAUUAGCUUCA